AUUAGGAAUACCAUAGUAAUAUGGGUAAUUGGCUUAUCGUAGGGGCUAAGUUACCUAGCAAACAAUGGAUUAUGGGCCCAUUGUUCCGAUCCUCACCUGAUUGACUAAUUUGACACACACAUGCGGCACAGGGCGUGCCAAAGGGCGGUUGUAUAAGUCAUCUAUAUUAGUUUCUUUUUGGGACGUGCGAAUGGAAGACUGCGCCUCGUUGAUUUAAUUUCUAUAUCUGAAAAGUUUUUUGUUGGACGUUUGUCAUCAUUAUAUUUCAUUAUCUAAAUCCUACACGAAAGAAAACAAAAAAGACUCGGGAGAAAGAGAAAGAGAAAGGAAAAGGAAAGGAAAAAGAACAGAAGAGAAAUAUUCAAAGUAAAUCUUUACGACCAUGUCUUCACUUGAUCCACCUGCGUCAAAAACAUCCUGCAUCACCAUUGUCGGCGCAGGCCUAUUCGGGCUCACCACCGCCCUCGAGCUCACCAGGAGAGGAUACAAAAACGUGCAAGUCGUGGACCGCUACCUUCCUCCUGUCGCCGAUGGAUCGAGCGUCGACAUCUCGCGCAUCAUCCGGCCAGACUAUGCGGAUGCGUUCUACGCCAAGCUCGGGCUCGAGGCCAUGCGCGGAUGGGGGGAAGGAGGGGAAUACUCGCCCUUCUUUUAUCGGAGCGGCCUGCUCUGCAUGGCAGGCGAAGGCAGUCACCCGUAUCUCGAGCAAUCUCAAGCGAAUCUCGAGAAGAUGGGGAUCAAGACCCAGAAUCUACGGGGGAACGAGAUGCGCGAGCGCUACCCUGGAGUGAUAUCCGGCGACCUUGCGCGUGCAAGAGGCUAUGCGAACACGAUAUGUGGCUGGGCAGACGCGCAGCAGGCUAUCAGCUACUUGGCCCGCCAGUGUACCCAGGCAGGCGUGUCGUUUCUUACUGGAAGUCAUGGCACGGUCUUGUCCCUGGUCACAAACGGUGCUAACGAAGUCAUUGGGGUACGCACACUGACUGGCGCUGUCAUCAAAUCUGACCAAGUCAUUCUUGCAACGGGUGCUUGGACGCCUCAUCUCCUUGAUAUGGCAAACAUGUCCGUUUCAACAGGCCAACCGGUUGGGUUCUUGCAGUUGACAGAGCAAGAGGCCGAACAAAUGAAAGAUAGCCCCGUCAUUAUUGAUCUAUCCACUGGAUGGUUUGUUUUCCCUCCAACCCCGGGCACCCGUAUCCUCAAGAUGGCACGACAUGGCUAUGGAUAUGAAACGUCCAGAACCCCAUCCCUGCAGAGGGACCAGAAAGUGUCGGUACCAAAAUUAGAUUCGAGCAAUGUCAAUUCCACCUUUCUCCCCACAGAUGCCGAAUUGGCGCUGAGACAAGGACUCGCUCUGUUCUUUCCACAACUAAAGGAUCGACCUUUUAUCAACCGCCGGUUGUGUUGGUACACGGAUACGCCCCAAGGCGACUUUGUGAUCGAUCAUCAUCCUUCUUACAAGAAUCUGUUCGUUGCAACCGGAGGAAGUGGACAUGCCUUCAAGUUCCUGCCAGCGUUAGGACGCCACAUUGUCGACAACUUCGAGCACAAAGCAUCCACUGAGCAAAAGGAAAAGUGGGCAUGGAAGCCAACCUCCACACCCAUUUCAAAGGGUGAUGGUAGUAGAGGUGGCCCACCACGGCGGGUUCUAAGGCGAGACGAGCAGGCUCGCCUUUAAACUCUCCGUAGUGUUGUUAGCAAGGCAGAUGAAAACAAAAUAACAGCGUCCUGUUUCGGCAUCUCUGUACUAGGUAGACUGAAAUUUUGACAAUGUAAUGUCUCAGCGACAAUUACUUUCCUUAAUUCAAUAAAUGUCAAAUCUUUUUCCACC